AUGUUGAAAGAUUAUCUUAUAAAAAAUAAUUAUAGUGAUUUGUUGGAAAUACUUAAAGCGCCUGAUGUAUCGCGACAUUAUUCCAUUUAUGUUAACGUGGCGAAACUGUAUGUCGACGACUUGGAAAUGGUUGAAAAAAUAACCAAAAGGCCAAAAAAAUUCUUGCCUCUGUGUGACCAGUCCGCAAUCGCAGCUCAAAAAGUUAUUAUGAACGACGAUGAAAUUCCACAAGAAGAACUUCGACUUAAGCGCAAAGUGCACAUCAGGAUAACCGGAGCACCCUGGAAAAUAAACGACGAGACUGAUGGACAGUUGGUGUCAAUCACUGGUAUAACUGUCAGAAUAUCCCAGCCCACUAUGUUGACCAAAUGCAAGCGAUAUUCGUGCAAAAAAUGCAGCUAUGUUACUACUUAUCAGGUAAUCUGCUUAUAUUUUUAAACUAAACUCAUGAAAUUUUAAAAUACUUGGAUAAAAAUUAAGCUGGCUGACAGUAAAAAAUUUUUAGAAUUUUUGUUUGAUGAAAGAAUUAUUGCAAAAAAAUAAAAAUAAAAUUUUACUUGUAAAUGUAUGAUUGCAUCGCAGCUUAAUUGGGAGACAAUGUCAUAUUCAACUAACAACGGAGAGUGCGAAUCGUGUUACAGUAAAAGUUUGAUACCUGUAAUCAGUCCAGACCUAGAAGACGUCUAUGACUACCAGGAGGUAAAAAUUCAAGAGCAAUCUAAGGGUGAAAUUGAAAGCUCGUUCAAUGUUGGCAUGCAAGUGGUGUUGCUUGAUGAUUUAAUUGAUAAGUGUAAACCUGGUGAUGAUGUUGAAAUAAGAAGAUGGGGCCAGCUUGAGGAAGGCAGAAGAAUGGAACACACUACAAUUAUGAUCGCAAAUAAUGUUAACGUACUCCACAAAGUUAUAAAUUCAGAUUACAAACAGGCUGAAGUAAGAGAAAUUUUUGACAAUUAUUGGAAAAUUUAUGAAAACGAUCCUUUAGUUGGUCGGAAUAAAAUUUUAGCAUCUAUUUGCCCUCAACUCUAUGGAAUGUUCACUGUAAAAUUAUCACUGGCAAUUAUUUUAGCUGGUGGUGUUCCUCGGCUAAAUCAAACAGGCGUAAGAAUACGUGGUGAACCACACCUUCUGAUGAUCGGCGACCCUGGAACGGGUAAAUCUCAAAUCCUACGUGCAGCAGCUAAAUUAGCCACGAGAUCAGUUUCUACCACGGGAAUAGGCACAACAGCUGCUGGAUUGACAGCAGCAGCGGUGAAAGAUUCCGACGGAUGGCACUUGGAAGCCGGUGCGCUGGUACUCGCUGAUAAAGGAGUCUGCUGUGUGGACGAGUUCUCCACGAUGAGCGCAAAUGAUCGAGCUUCAAUGCACGAGGCGAUGGAGCAGCAGACAAUAUCUAUAGCCAAGGGUGGACUUGUUAGCACUUUAAACACUCGUUGCUCGCUUGUGGCAGCCAUGAAUCCUGUUGGUGGAAAAAUUGUCCCAGAUGAAGAAGUCAAGACUCGCAUUGAAGCAGAUCAGAUAUUGAGGGCUGUGUUUUUAUAUUUGAGGUCUGAUGCAAGCAGAUAUGAAGACAGGACAACUGUUAGACUUUUUGAUAGUCUUCUCAGGUUAGCAGAAGGACACGCGAGACUGAUGUACAAAAAAACUGUUGAUGUUCAGGAUGCAAUUGUUGCUGCCCAACUUGUGGGAGUUGUACCGAUGAAAAUGGACUCUGGUUGUCCGUUUCCUGAAGAUCCGCAAGCGGCUUUUGAAGAAGAGGCUGACGCAGUAUUAAAAUUAUUAAAUACAGAAUAUUUGACUCCACCAAAAAGUCUUUAA